AAGGACAUUCAGUCGUGUGUAUAGUAUCUUUUGCGACCAUCUGGCAAACUUUGGAAGAGCAGAACACAUACCGGUACAUUGUCUCUCGAUGGUCCACUUUGGUAACAUUCACGAUCGAGCAAACCAGCCACAAAGGAAGACAAGCUAGCUGCAGUAGUACUGUAGACGACAAUGACAAUUCUAAAAGGCAUUCCUAGGAUCCUUCCUCCUCGUCUCCUGUACGCAUUGGCAUCCAUGGGUCAUGGCGACAUGAUUGUGUUGGGCGACGCCAAUUUUCCUGCGGCAUCCGUCGCCAAGGCUAAUGACGCCGAACUGAUUCGUUGUGAUUCCUUGACGGUCCCUCAACUACUGGAAGCCAUUUGCAAGCUCAUGCCAUUGGACCGGCACACACCGUAUCCCGCCGCCGUGAUGCAAGUGACACCACAAGAUCAAGGCACCAUUGAAACUCCCGUAUGGGACGAGUUUCGUCGUAUUUUGAAGCAAGCCGAACAGCGUGACGACAUUGUCUUGGAAGAGGUGGAACGCAUGGCGUUUUACGAACGUGCCAAAAAAGCAUAUGUGGUGGUAGCCACGGGUGAAUCGGCAUUGUAUGGAAAUUUGAUUCUGUACAAGGGUGUUCUCGGUCCCGAGGAAGCGUAACAGAGAUAGACAGAAUGAUCUACUAAACACGAUCUAACAUAGCAACAUAAGCUCUACCUCACUUCUUGUCGCGUAGAGUUUUGAUGCUCAGCGAGCG